AUGGGUUCCGAUGUUUGUGAAACCGACCCUAAAGUCACGGCAGACCUGAGGGAAGUCACUGAUGAAUGGGGGAACGCCAAAAAUGAUCCCUUGGUUCGGAGCCUUCAUUCCCAGGUCUGGUAUGUCUUUUUGGGCCUGGAGCGGAUGUUCUUCCAGUUCUGCCGAGAGUUCGACCUCCAGGGAGAUGGUAAAUCCCACCCAAACCUUAGGCAAUUGUCUGAAUGGGUGAAGAGAUUCUACCCAGCUAUUGGGGGAUCGAUGCGAUGCUCGCCGGCCGCUGCCUUUGUGCCGAAGAAGUUGCUGUAUCCUGAAGGAACGCCCCCACACACUCUAAUCCACAUCUUGAUUGAACAAGAGCCUAGCGAAACGCUGACCCGGGCAGAGGUGAUGAUCCUUACCGCAACUAUGAUCACACGACUUGAAGGCGAGGAUUACUCGGAGUACGACACUAUGCCAGUUAUGGCUAUCACGAUCUUCGGGCAAAUGAAGGCCCGAGUAAUCGAAGCCUAUUGCACCUCGCAAGUUCUAGUCAUUAAGAAGACCGACCUUCUUGAUUUUUCGACUAACAAAGUCACAAACAAGAAUAUGGACAUUCUGCUUGGAUUUAUGUGUGCCGACCUCGUCGGAAAUGCUAGAGAGCCCACAGUUCCCACGGAGACCCCAAGGUUUGUAAUACUGAUAUAG